AUGACUUCGACCAACGCCGCUGCCGCCGACAAUGGCGGCAGGUCGCCAUCCGCUGCCCCACCGCCGCCCUUCGCUGCAGCGACCACCGCGACCACCGCGAUGAACAUCGAUGAUGAAGAAGGUUCGAAUGCGAAUGCGCCCCUUCAGCCAGGCCUUCACGACGACCACUUCAUGCCUUCACCACCCACUGUAUCCCCCCUCUCGACGCCCGCAGUCACGGCCGUUCAUUCCAUCAGUGGCGACAAUGCUGCCGAGGAUGAACUGCCCAAACUCUCCGAUCAACAUCCUACCACCAACCGACAAGCUCAGGAUUUGGCCCACGUUUCUGCACACAGUUUCAUGGUUGAACCAGAUCCAGCCGAACUUGUUUCCCCUUCGACCGGCUCAGCCUCCGCUAUGGAUCUGGGCCACCCUCAAUCGUUGAUUCAAUUGUCGCAGAACUUGCAGCAAGUUCAGAAGAUGCAACAUCAACUGCGUGCAGCCGUCGCGAUCGUCGACGACGACGAGAGUUAUCCAGCUGCAAACAUCGGAAUGAUGUCGUCUCGGCAUGAGUCUUUGGGGAGCGUAGAUCCAAACGCUUAUAUGCUAUCGUCUUUGGCGCAGGCCAGCGCUGCGCAGCUAGUCAACGACUACCCGAUGGCCGUUGCCCCCUCCGAGAUAUCUCUACAAGCCUCCUACACGCAAGAUAGUGAUGUAGUCACGGGGAGUGGAGAAGUGGCCAGCGCUUCUGCCAGUGCUGGUCAGAGACUACAGCGACUGGAGUCCUUUGCCCGGAUUGAGUUUAAGGAUAGCACCUUCCAAAUGACUACAUAUGAAGUCGUGAUUGGCCGUGAUCAGAAAGCCAUGUUUCAAGCUCGCAAGGAUGAGCGUCGAGAAGAGGCUUUCCAGCGCAGGAUCGACGAGUGCGCAAGGCAAGGCUUGCCUCCGCCAACCCCCCUGGAAAGGAGCAGGGGCAGGUACAACAAAUCCUACAUCAGCGAAGAAGGAGGAAUGCUGGGCCCCGAAUCGGACGACGAGAAUAAUGCUCGCCCAAUCAAGCGUCGGCGGCCGCUGAGCUCCGGAGGCCCUUCUCGUAAUGGCGACAUCCAGGGCCAUAGCGAGGACCGUCCUGCUAAGCUCGAUCGGCAGUAUAUCUCAUUCACAGAAGGCGCUGCACCUGUCGACCUUGACACCAUGGCCCCGUCGCACUUGCAAUCGCAUUUCCUCGGAAUUCAUUCCCCAGGACCUAACAUCGCUGAAAAAACGAAGAAAAUCUCGAGGAGACAUAUGAAGAUUCAGUUUAACGAGAAGAAAGGGGUCUUCGAAGCCAUCUCGCUCCAUCGUAAUGGGUUCUUCUGCGACGAAAUACACCACAACAGCUUGGUGCAGCCCGUUACCCUGCGCAGUGGAGUUCGCCUGCAGGUUAAGGAUGUCGAGAUGAUGUUCAUUGUAAACGGCGUUGAGUUUGGCAAGACUGGUGCAGAGGACUUGCACGAAGAGGAGACUUCUAGCAAACGUUGUUCGGUUGGUGGGAAGGAGAUGAGUUUCGACUUUGAGCAUUCCGAUCACCGGAAAUUCAAUGACACUAGUGACGAGCUCUCCGACGUUGAAAACGUGCCUACGCCUAUUAUUGGGUCUGAUGGUGGCGAAGGUGAAAUUGAAGAAGAGCGUCAGGGCGUGAACGAGCACGAGCAUGAGCGCGAGCGCCAGCGUGAGCAUGAAAUCACUACGCUGAUCGAAGGUAACGAUCACAAUGCUCCUGAUAACAAGUCGGAUAUAAUGGACGACGACCAGGACGCCCCGUGUGAACAUGACGGUGAUAUUGUCAUGCAGUCAGCGGAAGGAGAUGACGGGCAACAGCUCGAGUUCAUCUUGCCUCAGCUCCCUCGAAGGCGUGGACCAGGCAGACCGCCAAAAGACGGUAUCAUGUCCAAGAGAGAGCGUCGCUUGCUUAAGAAGCAGUUGAUGGAAACUUCAAAGAAGACACUGCCACAAGAACCACCUGGCGAGAAGAUCAAGCGUCCAGUUGGUCGUCCAAGAAAGAACCCGCUCCCCGAGGACGGUGACAAGCCAGAAAAACGCAAAUAUACCAAACGCAAGAGAGAAGAUGGCGAAGAAGGAUCCGAUGGCGAAAGGCGCUCGAAGGAGAAGAAGAACGACAAGAAAGUCCGGCCCAAGUCUCCUCCUUUGGAGCUAAACCGGGAAGACUUCACCGAGGAUCAGUUGCAGAAGCCGACCCGGAAUUACUCUCUUCUGAUUGAAGAUGCCUUGAUAGCAGGGCCUGCCGAAGGUCUGACCCUCAAGCAGAUAUACAAAAGGAUCAUGGCCAAGCACCCGUGGUUCUACUUUUCUGCAGAGACCAAAGGAUGGGAAAGCAGCGUACGCCACAAUCUUAUUGGCAAUGAGGCCUUUAAGAAAGAUGACGAAACAAGCCUGUGGUCUCGUGUGCCCGGAAUUGAGCUCGACGCAGGCAAGAAGCGUAAAGCAAAUUCGCCUGAGGGACCCAUGGGGCAUUCGAUUCUACCGCCUCACCUGCAACAGCAGCAGUACUUCCACGGUGGUAACUACAUGCAACAAGGAUCUUUGGACUUUACGCAUGGAUUGCCAGCACCUGCGUAUCCUUCCAACAACCAAGCCCAUGGAAGCUACCAGCCAUCCGGUGCCCAUGCUGCUCAGCAGUACAGCGCGCCGCCCGGCCAGCAUGCAUAUGCAGGUCAAACUCCAGCGCCAGCUCCAGCACAGCCGCCGGUUGGGCUGGGUUCUUCUCUCCUCUCGAGACAGGCACCAGUACCGCAACAGAGUACCUACAGCUCUCCAUAUGCAAGGCCACCGCCCCCGGCCAACCAGGCUAUCAAGACGGAAACCUCAGGUCCCAACCCACAUGCCCCACCGGCAGCUCCCGUGUCACAGCCUACCAACAACUCGAUCCCUCAGUCGCAACCACCGAGAGCUCCUACUAUUCCCGCAGCGCUCAAUCAACCAACGCUAACCCCAGAGAUGCACAAAGCAAUCGCCGAAUUCAAGAAUAAUAUGAUGGCUAUCCUGUCGAAACAGACGCCGAAAGCUAGUCAGAUCAUCGAAACGGCCGUCAACCGGGCGCUCGGCCUACCUGCGCAAGCAACGAUACCGGGCUUUGAGAACGUGGAGAAGGCGCUCAUUCCUGGUGUGCAGCAGAUACUCAAUGAUAAGGCGAAUAGACAUCGUGGCACCACGUCGGCUACCCCAGCAGCCGCCAAGCAGUCGACUCCUAUUCCCGUACCAAGCCGAAGCCCGGCCCCGGCAACAACAGUCGAGGCCGAAAUCCAAAGACGUCUGAAGGCUGUCAAGGACAACAUGGUCAAUGCCCUAAAGAGCAAGAUCAGCCAAGCCGAGGCUGUUGUCGACGCAGCCAUCAAGCGUGCGCAAGGCUUGCCGAACGCGGUCCCCGUCCCUGGCUUCGAACCGGUUGACAAGCUAAUUUUUGAAUCUGCCACGAAAGCCAUCAAUGAAGUCCGCAAGAACUUUGCAAAUCAACCGCCGUCAAGCCCCGCAGCAACACAAGCACCGUCGGCUCAACCAUCGCAGCCAUCGACUCAGGCUGCAUGCCAGGUAUCAUCUGCGUCCCCAGCACUCGGCCAGACCUUGACACCCACCCCCUCAGCCACCACUGCUUUGUUGCAGGGGAACAGCACCGCGCCAGCUUCUUCUACGUCCGUAGCACCAGCUCCUGUCAUCCCCGCGGCAACGGCUCCGACAUCAACGCUAAGCAAACCCCCCAUCCCAGCCGUGCCCAGACCAAAUUUCACGCGUCCGUCGACAUUUGGCAUCGCUCGGCCUACCGCAAACCCGGUAGCUCGUCCAGCCCCGUUCCUCGUUCGCCAGAACUCGGCUUCUGCCACGCCCCCUCCACCUCACCCCGCUGGGCCAAGUACAACAUCAGCUACCAACAAUACUAUUCCUAAACCAGCAACGGCCAGCCCGGCGCCGCCUCCGCCUCCAACAACGCAGCCAAGCGCUGGGGCGAUUGAGCAGAUUGUUGGGCAGAAACCGGCAAUGGAAAGCUCGCAACUGCCAGCUCAACCGAGUGUCGGGGCUGUCGAGCACAUUUCAAAACAAGCACUUGGGGGUUCUCAGGUACCGCUUACCCAACCGAGUGUCAGGCCUAGCGAGCAGGCUCCCGGACAGAAGCGAGCCAUGGAGAGCCCCAGCAAACCCUUUGAAGUGAACGUAGGAGCAUCGGGGCAAGUUACAGGAGAGAAGCAAGCCCACGACAACUCUGAAGGGGUUAUGAAGCACUCCGAGCCUCAGAAAGUGGCCGUAUCUUCUACUUGA